GAUCCAGGAUUUGGCGCCAAGUUUGUGAACGCCGUCUAACUCGUAACCUCGCUCUGCCCUGCCCAUUCUUCAAAAGUGCGUUACUGUACGUAGCGGUUCUCUGUCACCUGUUAGCUCACCACAUGUCCACAUCGAGAUCUUAUAUUUAUAUUCUUCGAAAUUCUUGAGUUCAAUUAGGAGCAAUUAUGUCUGGCAGAGGAAAAGGAGGCAAGACAAAGAGCAAAGCCAAGAGCAGGUCCAACCGCGCCGGUCUGCAGUUCCCAGUUGGGCGCAUUCAUCGGCUCCUGAAGAAGGGCAACUAUGCUGACCGAGUGGGCGCAGGUGCCCCAGUGUACCUGGCUGCAGUCAUGGAGUAUCUUAGUGCUGAAAUCCUUGAACUGGCUGGCAAUGCGGCUCGGGAUAACAAGAAGUCGCGCAUCAUCCCCCGUCAUCUGCAGCUCGCCAUCAGGAACGAUGAGGAGCUCAACAAGCUCUUGUCUGGCGUCACCAUUGCACAGGGUGGUGUUCUGCCUAAUAUCCAAGCGGUGUUACUUCCUAAGAAGACGGAGACCAAAUCCACAGUUGGCAAAGUAAAAAGUCAAUCGCAAGAAUACUAAGUGACAACGUUCGUGAUUUUUGACGAGGUAAAAUAGAUUGUUAGGUUAAAUGCUAGCGGGCAUUGCGUUCAAAUAAAUGUUAGAAUCCUU